UUUUCCCAGUUUUCAUCUGAUGCCUUCUCACCUGACAUUUACCUUGACCCUUUGAUUCCCGAACCUGAUACCAUGCCGACUAUUGCUCGCUUUCGUACGCUGUGGGGGAUCCCGGCUGGGGACCAGUUCGCCAACUGGAUUGCCAUUUUCCCUGACCUGAAGGCAAAGGGCUACACCGGAGUUGAGAUAGACUACAGUGCGAUUCCGACUCACGAGCUGCCCGAGCUCAGACGAAUUCUCGACCAGUUUGGCUUUCAGCUUAUUGCGCAAAUUAUGUCAUCUUGGCAAGGAUACACCGGCCCCAGACCACCAGGCCUGACACCCAAAGAUCAUCUUGACUUCUACCGCAAGUCCCUUGAGCGCGCACAAAUUCUUAAGCCGGUGAAGGUCAAUGCUCAGUCGGGGAGCGAUGUUUGGACCCUUGACCAGUCUGUCGAUUUCUACCGGGGUACUUUCAAGAUUGACGAGGAGCUGGGCUUUGCUGGCAGAGUAACGCAUGAGACGCAUCGAAAUCGGUCACUAUUCACCCCUUACGCGACGAAACACAUCCUGGAGAAAGUACCGAAUCUCCGAAUCACCGCCGACAUAUCUCACUGGGUCGUUGUCUCUGAGAGACUCCUAGAUGAGUCACAAGAAGACCAAGAAAUUCUCGAGAAGGUCGUCCCUCAUGUUUAUCAUGUUCACGCUCGGAUCGGCACGACCCAGGGUUCUCAGUGCGCCGAUCCGUCGGACCCAAUCUACACCCCCGAGCGGGAAUUCUUCGAGAGAUUCUGGACCAAAGUCAUCCAGCACAGCGCCACUCGCGGCGCCGACUACCAAAUUACAUUUACCCCAGAAUACGGGCCGUACCCUUAUCACCCCCAUCACAGUCCCCGAGUGUACACUGAGGUUGCGGACACUGAAGGUACUCGACUAGAGGGGAUUUUCCUGGAAGCCUUGUAAAGACUUUUGAAUUAUCGUUCAGGUGAUAAACGGUCAGGCUCGACAUGGCAAGCUUACACUCCUCAUGGUCAGCUGCGUCCGAGAACAAGAAGUCUUAGAAGGGGACGGGACUUGAAGUUUUCACAGCUUGAGAACACCAUUGAAACUUGGGAUUUUAAAGAGACAGGGGGGUGAAACUGCUCACGAAACACAUAUAGUUCAUAGAAUUGGCGGGGGGGGUUGGUCUUAUUUGCUAAGAACGUUGAUCUAACUAACGUAGAACCAAUUGGAUCAAGAUUUAAAGAUCAGUCGCAUGAUGCCUAACCGCCCUUCCAGCAGUAAAUGUCCCAAUACUAGCACUAUGCCCUAUUCUUAUGCUCUUAAGUCAGUAAGGUAGUUUGUUCGAGACCACCUAGUAUUAUAGGAUUAGUAUGAUCUAUUGGAAAUAGCUUCGCUGUGAAGGUCUAUACCACCAAGGUCAAGAACUCCCAACCAUAGAGGCAUUGAUCCUUGAGAUGCAGGCUUCCCCAUACCUGCAAUCUGAGAAAUCUAUGAUCCAGACCAAUCAGCCCUCAGCUACACAAUACCUUCCAAGCAACCAAAUCAGAUCUUCCUUUUCGAUCCGUUCAGAACCAUAUCCUAUAUACCUCAGUCGUGGCCACACUCUGGUUUGAAAUUAUAGCAUAGCUCUUGAUGUCGAAGAUAGUACGCGUAGACAGAUUUCGGCAACUUAUCAGAGAGCACCACGACAAAGUGGGCAUUCGAUAUUUCGCGUCCUUAGUCAGCCUAGUAGAUUAAAUUAGUUCCUUUCAUCUGGCAAAAAAUCAAUGAUUACUCUGUGCGUAAAAAAUAUUUUAACUUCCCUGUUAGAAAAUUGUGGCUGAAGUAUUGGAGUUGACCGAUUUGAAAAAGAGGCUCAAUCACCAGAUGAAAUUCGCACCCCCCAUAGCCAAGAUCGAAUGCCUAGACGACACACCAUCAUAUUGCACGAAUUUGACUUAUCUGAUCCCCUCCUGUGCGGUACCAGCUUC